AUGGCAUUUGGAGCGUAUUCAUUUCCUUCCAAACCGAAGUCUAUUGCUUCGUGUUGGAUAACAUUGGAAAAUAACUGGCUUUUUAUUUCAAAAUCUCCAGAACCGCCAUGUCUUUUCGCUUCUCCAAUAGAUUUUGAUAUUGUAACAUCAGCAGAAGAACUUAUAGAAUCUCAAAAUUCGAUUUUACUUGUUUCAACAUCUGAUAUCGGUCAAAUUUCCGUAAUAAUUUGUAUGCCAAGUAGAUAUGAAACACUAGCAUUGAUUUCAAGACUUGUGUCCCUUACAAAGCAAUAUAAGAUUGAAAUUAAGAAACCUCUUCAAUAUUCCGAAAUGUCAAUUGAAACAAUUAGUACAUCUUGGAUGAAAUCCAAUAAGCAAAGAUUACUCUUCAAUAAAAAUGGAUUUGCAAUCAGUCGUGAUAGAGAAAUUGCAAAGGUUAUUAAUAUGUCAAAAAUCCAAACAGUAAGCCUUACUCCUGAUGGAACAUACUUACUUAUUAGGACAAAUAUUGAUUCAGAAGAUACAAAGGUAGGUCCAUUUCAGCUUCAACAAGUAAAAGACAUCAUUACACUAUUUUUGAACCUCAGAAGAUCCAGUCCAAGUUCUUAA